AUGCCCGGCUCAAAACGCGUGAUCCCGCUCGAAUCCAACCCGGAGAUCUUCAACGGUCUUGCACACAAGAUCGGCCUCUCGCCCGUGCUCCUGUUCCACGACGUAUACUCAAUCACAGACCCGGACAUGUUGGCGUUUUUGCCCCAGCCUGUGUUUGGGAUCAUGAUGCUUUUUCCCAUCACAAAACUGUACGAGGAGUACAGAAAGAACCAGGAUGCGGCUGUGGCCAACGACUCCAAGGAAGUCACGUGGUAUAAGCAGACCAUCGGCAAUGGCUGUGGGCUCUAUGCGUUGCUCCACCUUUUAAGUAAUUUGCCCCUGAACUUCGUAGUACAUGAUCUGAUCUUGAACAAAAUGUUGCUUCUGCAAAUCAACACCGAUACCCCGGUGGAAGAGGCCGCGGUAUUAGUGGAGCAGCUCGAGCAGUCCAUCCAGCUCGACUCCAACUACGGGUCUCAGGGCCAGACAGAGGCCCCGCCAGCCGAGGAUCAGGUCGAGUUUCACUUUAUUGCGUAUAUCAAGGGCAACGACAACCAUUUGUAUGAGUUGGACGGGCGCCGCUCUGGGCCCGUGGAUCUCGGCGAGAGUGUGGAAGGAUCGCAUAUUCUAGACGACGCCAAGCUCGUGGAAAAGAUCCAGUUCUACGUCAACAUCACCGACGAGAGCCAGCGCAACAACUUUGCCAUGAUGGCCAUAGCGCCUGGGCUCUGA